AUUAGAAAAUUAGGUAUAUUAAAAAAUAAACCUCAUAUUUUGAGCACUGUGAUCAAUUAUGCAAUGAUUACUUAACAGUUUACGUAAAUUACAAUAGAGACAUCUACAUAGCAGAUACAACAAUUAAAUCUGAUGGGUAAUGAGAUGACUGAUGGGAGAAGUAAGAAAAACUUCAUAUUCAUAUUUUCCACUUUUCUCAUAUAUUUGUGUGAAAUCCUUGAUAAUUUGAACAGUUUUUUAAAAUGAAGCAAUUUGAGCUUCUUUGAGGGGAAAUUUGUUGAAACUCCAACUAGACUCUCUUUUUUUAUUUAACAAGAGGCCACAAGUCAAAAUCAAUGGGAAAUGACUGGUUUAAAUUUUGAUAGUGCUGCGUAUUUUAUGAUCCUAUAAUCUGUUUUUACACACGAAAAUGUAAUUUCACGUUGCAUAAAUGUACUAGAGUAAAGCCUGCAAUAUCUUUCCCCUGAAAUACUUGCAGCUUGUAUUUACAGUUUGAAUUAAAUUGAACUUCUACUAAAAUGCAGUGCUUGAGUAUAAGUUUCCGUUACUUUCCACCCCUGCUGUAUAUUUCUGAGGACUUUCGGCCUGUUCUCUCUGAGUUUCUCUUCUACUCGGUGGCUGCUUCUCUGGGAUCAUCACCACUGGUCCGAGCACUGAGCUCUUUCCCCUCUCUGUGCCAUUCUUGGCUGCUGGAGCAGAGAGAGAGUAACCUCAAAUUAUUGCUGAAACGCUGUCCGCUCUGAGUCCAGCAGGCAUCUGUGCAGGCACCAAAUCUGGAUUAUGCUGAGGACAUGGGAGUCACGCAUGGGAAGAAGAGAGAUCUCCAACAUUUUCCAGGUGAGACACAUCUUAACUGGUCUGCCUCCAUGAUGAAGACACCCCAACCUGAACAGGAGGAUCAAUUCCCAGAGCUUCAGGGAAUUGGUCCAUCCCAGCUACACAGUGAAGAAGAGGGCAGCCACCUAAUCAGACCCCACAAACCUCUCAAUCCUAUAACUGCCUCCAAGAGCCAUCAGGAGCUCCACAAAGAACUGCAGAUGACCCACAAGAGAUCCUCGUGUGUUUCUGACAGGAGAGUGACUCAGGAAGGAAAGACUGAACUCCAGAGAGCUCUGGAAAAGAGAAAAUGGGAACAAAGGAUGAAGGCGAGCAGAGAUCAGCAGGAGGCAAACAAGAACACGUCACCUCUUCAUCAAGAGCUGCUGAAAAGACAGCAGAGGCUAGAAAACCUGGAAAGAGAGGAAAAAUCCAAGCAAGAGGAGCCAGAGUUCCUCCAAGUCAAAGAGAGACUGAGGAGGACCACAGUUAUGGACGCAGGAGAAAAGCAAGUGUGACAGUUAAGAUGUGUGACUUUGUGUUUUCUGUUGGCCGUCAACACAAUAGACUGAUGGGAAUGAGCAACUUGGUGAAGGGACGUUAGUGUCAUCUGCUAGAAAUAGAUAACGCAGCUCAGUAUUAAUAAUCAGGGCGACACCUUCCGCUCAAGUGGAGACACAUCAUUAGCUGAGAGGCCACAAGGGAAAAAUAUUUCUGUUUUUUCUUAAUACUAUGCUGUUAGAAAUUAGAAACCAAAAUGUGCAUAGAUGAAAGCUUCAUUAUUUUUCACCACCUCUGUGUAUAAAGUUGAAUUAGAGGGCUGGGUCUUUAUGUCCUAUAAUGCAUUAAACAGACAGGAUGGCAAAAAACAGGUUUUGUCACACAUACAUGUAUGAUUUAUCAUGUUUUCUCUCUAACAAUGCAGAUGAAAUUCACACAGUAAUGAUGUAGUGCUUCAUGUUACUGUUUGGUAACAUGUUUUAUUUACAUAUCUGUACUAUGUGUUGCCGUAGUUAUUAAUAAUUAUCAUCAGUACCAUAAUGUCAUACUACAUAGAAAAUCGGGUAUAAUUGAAGGUAUCAAGAUAUGAUGUGACUGUCUGUUACUGUAGAUCAAGAGAUAUUAAAUAAACAUGAAAUAAAAUGUUACUUAACAAAACCA